GGUGGGGCUCAGUGGGCCAUAGGAGCCACAGGAUGUUCUGAGGAAUCACGGGAAGCCCAUGGCGAUUCUGAGGGUCCUUGGAAGAUCAAGGGCGCCCCCACAGGAAUUCCGAGUCCCUGGGGAUCACGGGAGGUUCUGUGGGGGGGAGGGGCUGAAGAAUCACAGGAGACCCUCCGGGGGCUCUGAGUUAUCAGGGAAACACCGCCGCGAAGUUCGGAACAAGGGGGCCAUGGCGGACUCGAAGCUGCUGGUGCCGGAGUUAGGCGAGGCAGAGAAGAUGGGCACGGAGACCGAGCGUUUUGAAGAGCUGCUGCUGCAGGCCUCCAAGGAGCUCCAGCAAGCCCAGACAAGCAGACCAGAAUCUACACAGAUCCAACCGCAACCUGGUUUCUGCAUAAAGACCAACUCAUCCGAAGGGAAGGUGUUCAUCAACAUCUGUCACUCUCCUUCCAUCCCUCCUCCGGCUGACGUGACUGAGGACGAGCUGCUUCAAAUGCUGGAGGAAGACCAAGCCGGUUUUCGUAUCCCCAUGAGUCUGGGAGAACCUCAUGCCGAACUGGAUGCAAAAGGCCAGGGUUGUACCGCCUACGACGUAGCCGUCAACAGCGACUUCUACCGGAGGAUGCAGAACAGCGAUUUCUUGCGAGAGCUCGUGGUCACCAUCGCCAGGGAGGGCCUUGAGGACAAAUACAGUUUGCAGCUGAAUCCAGAGUGGCGCAUGUUGAAGAACCGGCCUUUCCUGGGCUCCAUCUCCCAGCAAAAUAUCCGAUCCCAGCAGCGUCCUCGGAUCCAGGAGAUGGGAAACCUGUAUACUCCUGACUCCCUGAGACCUGAGGAACGCCAUGAGAAGCCUCACCUGAACCUUUGGCUGGAAGCCCCUGACCUUCUCUUGGCUGAAAUUGAUCUCCCCAAACUGGACGGAGCUCUGGGGCUGUCGCUGGAGAUCGGGGAGAACCGCCUGGUGAUGGGGGGCCCCCAGCAGCUGUACCAUCUGGAUGCGUAUAUCCCCCUGCGGAUCAACUCCAGGGAGAGCAAGGCAGCCUUCCAUCGGAAGAGAAAGCAACUGAUGGUGGCCAUGCCCCUUCUGUCGGUGGCUUCUUGACUGGGUUUCUUUCUCUGUUUCCAGGUGGAGAGAAGAGACUGGUGGGGGCUUCUCUGAAAUUGAAAUAAAAGAUUUUUGCCUUUGU